AUGCAGAGGAAGAAUAGUGGCACACCAGGAACACAACCAGCAUGUGCAGCAUGCAAGCAUCAAAGGAAAAAGUGUCACGAUGGGUGUGUAUUGGCUCCAACCCGGGAAUUCCUCGCUGUGCACAAAGUUUUCGGGUUAAGCAAUGUAAUGAAGAUGGUGAAGAAUGCCAAUGAAGCGAAUCAGAGAAAGGUGGUUGAUUCGUUGGUCUGGGAAGCUCUUUGUAGGCAAAAAGAUCCCGUGCUGGGUCCUUACGGGGAGUACAGGAUGGUUUUUGAUGAGCUAAAGCGAUAUAAAAACCAUGAAAUUCAAAUGGUUCAUCCUUCACAAGUGCAAAAGGGAAUGUGUUUUAGUAAAUCUUUGUCAGAUUUUGUUGGUUGGAAUGGUGGAGGAGCUAAUGGAAUCACUAAUCACAACAUUAAUUUGGGUGGUUAUCUUCAUGAGAACGAGAAUGUGAUAAUAGAUUCAGCCUCAUAUGGUUAUCCUUCAAAUUGUGAGUUCCAAAGUCCAGAGAAGAUCAUAAAGCAAGCAAAACUGGUUGAUUCUGUUGUUCUUCCACUAAACCAGCACCAGCAGCGUUCAAUCAACAACAUUAAUCAGCAGUAUUAUCUUUCAGGUCAACUUAAUCAAAUCAUUAGCAAGCCCAUAGAAGGCACAAUAUGGGAAGGAGGGUCAUAA